UCAGGCCGCCCCGCCAGCCACAAGGCAAGCGCGAGACGAAAACACAAACGCCCCGACACGAUAUAAGUAGUGGGGCGGAGGUGGAAUCCGAGAGAGACCAAAUCGUCGACAAGAAGCAGCAGCCAUGGCGACGCAGGCCGCCUUCGCAGUGAGAUUCCCGCAGCUGGCGCGGCCGGGCAGGGGCCAGGGCCAGGGACAGCCGGCGGCGCGGGUCGCGGUGAGGGGCGGCAGGGCCCCGGCGGCGGCGGCGCGAGGGGUGCGGUGCCGGGCCGGCGGCCUGAUCGAGCCCGACGGGGGCAGGCUGGUGGAGCUGGUGGCGCCCGAGAAGGGCGGCCGGCGGGCGGCGCUGCGGCGGGAGGCGGCGGCGCUGCCGCACCGGCUGCGCCUGGGCCGCGUGGACACCGAGUGGCUGCACGUGCUCAGCGAGGGCUGGGCCAGCCCGCUGCGCGGCUUCAUGCGCGAGACCGAGUUCCUCCAAGCACUUCAUUUCAACGCCGUCCGCGGCGGCGAUGGCAGCCUCGUCAACAUGUCCGUGCCCAUCGUCCUCGCCCUCGACGACGCCCAGCGCCGCGCCAUCCAGGCCGACGGCGCCACCGCCGUCGCGCUCGUCGACGCCCACGACCGCCCCGUCGCCGUGCUCAGCGAUAUUGAGAUCUACAAGCAUAACAAGGAAGAAAGAAUUGCACGGACUUGGGGAACAACUGCACGUGGACUGCCGUACGUAGAGGAGGCGAUUACAAAUGCUGGUGAUUGGUUGAUUGGUGGAGACCUGGAGGUUAUAGAACCAAUCAAGUAUAAUGAUGGUCUGGAUCAGUAUCGUUUGUCUCCAGCACAGCUGCGUGAAGAAUUUGCCAGGCGCAAUGCAGAUGCAGUAUUUGCUUUUCAACUUCGUAACCCUGUGCACAAUGGGCAUGCACUGCUCAUGACUGAUACACGGAGGCGCCUUCUUGAGAUGGGCUACAAAAACCCUGUUCUUCUUCUCCAUCCACUGGGAGGAUUCACAAAAGCAGAUGACGUGCCUCUUAGUGUGAGAAUGAAGCAGCAUGAGAAGGUUCUUGAGGAAGGUGUCCUAAACCCAGAAUCAACUGUGGUUGCAAUCUUCCCCUCUCCAAUGCACUAUGCUGGGCCAACUGAGGUCCAGUGGCAUGCUAAGGCUCGUAUAAAUGCUGGUGCAAACUUCUAUAUUGUGGGAAGAGACCCUGCUGGUAUGGGCCACCCGACCGAAAAGAGGGACCUUUAUGAUGCUGAUCACGGGAAAAAAGUACUGAGCAUGGCUCCUGGGCUUGAGAGGCUCAAUAUCCUUCCUUUCAAGGUGGCUGCAUACGACACAAAGCAUAACAAGAUGAAUUUCUUCGACCCAUCAAGGAAAGAGGACUUCCUGUUCAUCUCUGGCACAAAGAUGCGUAGCCUUGCCAAGAACCGUGAGAGCCCACCAGAUGGUUUUAUGUGCCCGGGUGGCUGGAAGGUCCUCGUCGAGUACUACGACAGCUUGGCACCACCAGAAGGCAGCAGCAAACUGCGAGAGGCGGUUGCGGCGUAGAAGCCGUGGCGUUCUAUCUCGUAUCAUGAACCAAUGAUAUAUGAUUGUAUAUUGGUGGUAAGACUUGACAUUUGGGCAUGAUCCCCAACACUCCCUGUGUGGUUUGUGUACUGCAUAAUAGUACUCCCUCCGUCCGGAAAUACUUGUCAUCAAGAUGAAUAAAAAGGGAUGUAUCUAGAUGUAUUUUAGUUCUAGAUACACCUCUUUUUAUCCAUUUUGAUGACAAGUAUUUCCGGACGGAGGGAGUAUCUGCUAGCAGUGUUGCCCCCUGGAGCCCAUCAUGUGUUUGUGGUGCCAAUAAGGAUGGGUUUUGUAUCCUCUUGCCAGAUUUGUACAUAACUAAAUAUACAAUAUUGUGGUAAUUUAUCUAGUGCUUGAUGUGUUUGCUAA